UUGAGCAAAUGUCAAAACAGCUCAUUCGGCGCAAGCGUAUUUCGGACUCUUUCCAAUUUUAAGCUCGAAGAGAGCAGAAUGGUUCAACGGUUAGUUUUUAGAAGACGAUUGUCUUACAACACAAAAUCCAACAGGAGGCGAAUUGUUCGUACUCCUGGUGGUAAAUUGGUGUACCAAUACCUGAAGAAACCCAAGAAGAUCCCGAGAUGCGGUCAAUGCAAAGACAAACUCAGGGGUAUCCUUCCUGCUAGACCCCAAGAAAGGUCCCGUUUGUGCAGAAGAAAGAAGACCGUAAAGCGGGCUUACGGCGGUGUUCUGUGCCACAAAUGCGUCAAGGAAAAGAUCGUAAGAGCUUUCCUCAUCGAGGAGCAAAAGAUCGUUGUUAAAGUUCUUAAAGCCCAACAAGCUGUUACUAAAGCUAAAAAAUAG